UCGCCGGAAGAGCCUCCGGAAUCAGCCCACGCAGUGCGCGCUUUUUGAAACGGCGCGCGAGAAAAAUCUGCACCGGAUUUGUGUCGAUGAGAGAUGCCUGCGUUCGAUAUCCAAUGGAAGAGUUCGUCUUCCGGGGACAAAAUAUCGAUAUAUUUCGCGGAUGUAAAGGCGCCCUAAUAUAUCUUGCCGAUAACCUUAAGCCCCAAACUGUAUUUAGCAUAUAUUUAGAACACAUGAGAUUGAAGGAUGAUUAAAUUGAAUGCGAGCAUUCACCCUAGUUUAUCGGAAGUAGUGACAGAGAAAUUACGUCGCAAAAAUGUAAAUACAAUUGUGGAUUUUGUCACUAUGGAUCCGAUUAAAUUGGCAACCUCCACCGGUCUUUCACAUAUGGAUAUUUUGCAAGUAAAAAGGCACAUAUUGAAAAAUCACAGUGGUAUAAAAAGAAAUGCGAUUGAGCUCCUUGCAAUAGAGCGCAGAUAUAUUCCAAUUAAUGUAAAGUGUUUGGAUGAAUUACUGAAAGGUGGCCUGUAUCCUGGACAAUUGUGCGAAUUAUGUGGUCCAUCAUCUUCUGGAAAGACUCAAUUAUGUUUGACAAUAGCUGCUAAUGUUGCUGUUCAAUCAGACAUUAUAGUGUGGUACUUUGACACGAAAAGAGAUUUCUCUAGAUUUCGAUAUGAAGAGAUCUUGAAGGCAAAAAAUUUCAGGCAGGAAGUUAUAAAAGAUACACUGCAACGUACAAAGGUCUGUCAUAUACGUUCGCCCCGUGACUUAAUACGAGUUUUACGUGAAUUAGUAACUUUUUAUAAAACAGAGCAGAACAGUGUGUCGUUUGGAGGAAGAAGAUUCCCUCUCGUGAUUAUCGAUUCUUUACCAGCAGUUAUCUUUAAGGUAACGCGAGAAGCACAUCAGUGUGAUCUUGAAACGACUUACGAGCUCGACGAUUUGGCCGAGGCGUGCCGAUUCCUCACGAGAGAAUGCGAAGCAAUCGUGAUCACAGUAAACUCAGUUACUCGAUGGAAUUCGUCCGAUCAAAUAGAUCCUGCCGCCAUAACACCGGCAUUAGGAAGAUAUUGGGCGAGGGUGCCAGUCACGAGAUUAUUGAUAAUAAGACAGCAUGGCGAAACUCGAAGGAUUACUGUUUGGAAAGAUCUAAGAUCAGAUGAAAAAUCAUUCUGCAUCGUGACAGUAAGCGAUGUCGGGGUCAUAUAAUAAACUGUCUAUAAGAUUAAUCAAUCAUUAAUUCAAAUAAGCAAAUCAAAUAUUCGAAUUACGUGUUAUAAAACUUUA